AUGAAGCUGUUCUUGGCCUUGGCAGGCCUCCUGGCUCCUCUGGCAGUGCUGCAGACCUCCAGUGGUGCCACUCCAGCUAUCCCCGGUGAUGUGGAGAAUUCAAUGAUCCUGGCCUCAAUGGAGGAGGCCAAGCAGCUGGUGGACAAGGCCUACAAAGAGCGUAGAGAAAGCAUCAAAGAGAGUCUUCGAAGAGGCACCGCUAGCCCCAUGGAACUCAUAUCCUACUUCAAGCAGCCCGUGGCAGCCACCAGAACAGCUGUAAGGGUGGCAGACUAUCUUCACGUGGCUCUAGACCUGCUGAAGAGGAAGCUGCAGCCCCUGUGGCCAGGGCCUUUCAAUGUCACGGACGUACUGACACCUGCUCAGCUGAAUCUGUUUUCCAAGUCAAGUGGCUGCGCCUAUCAGGACGUGGGGGUGACAUGCCCUGAGCAGGACAAGUAUCGCACCAUUACCGGACAGUGCAACAACAGGCGCAGCCCCACGCUGGGGGCCUCCAACCGCGCCUUUGCACGCUGGCUGCCGGCUGAGUACGAAGAUGGCUUCUCAUUACCCUUCGGCUGGACGCCUGGGGUCAAGCGUGGUGGCUUCAGUGUGCCAUUGGCUCGAGAGGUCUCCAAUGCCAUCGUGCGCUUCCCCAAUGAUCAGCUGACCCGGGACCAGCAGCGCUCGCUAAUGUUCAUGCAGUGGGGACAGUUUCUGGACCACGACUUAACCUUAACUCCUGAGCCAGCUACCCGGUCCUCUUUCUUCACUGGCAUCAACUGCGAGAUCAGCUGCCUACAGCAGCCACCGUGCUUCCCCCUCAAGAUCCCACCCAAUGACCCUCGAAUCAGGAACCAAGAGGACUGCAUCCCUUUCUUCCGCUCCUGCCCAGCGUGCACUGGGAGCAACAUCACCAUUCGCAACCAGAUCAACGCACUCACUGCCUUCGUGGAUGCCAGCACGGUGUAUGGCAGCGAGGACCCGCUGGCCAGGAGGCUGCGCAACCUCACCAACCAGCUCGGGCUGCUGGCUGUCAAUACCCGCUUCCAAGACAAUGGCAGGGCCCUGUUGCCCUUUGACAACCUACACGACGACCCUUGCCUCCUCACCAACCGCUCUGCUGGCAUCCCUUGUUUCCUGGCAGGGGACAUGCGCUCCAGUGAGAUGCCCGAGCUCACCUCUGUGCACACCCUCUUCGUUCGAGAGCAUAACCGGCUGGCCAUAGAGCUGAAGCGCCUGAAUCCUCGCUGGAGUGGGGAAAGGCUCUACCAGGAGGCCCGGAAGAUCGUGGGGGCCAUGGUCCAGAUCAUCACGUACCGGGACUACCUGCCCUUGGUGUUAGGGCCAGCAGCCAUGAGGAAGUACCUACCCAGGUACCGAGGUUACAAUGACUCAGUAGACCCUCGCAUCGCCAAUGUCUUCACCAAUGCUUUCCGCUAUGGCCACACCCUCAUCCAACCCUUCAUGUUCCGACUGGACAAUCAGUACCAGCCCACGGGGCCCAACCCUCAGGUCCCACUCAGCAAGGUCUUCUUUGCUAGCUGGAGAGUUGUGCUGGAAGGUGGCAUUGACCCCAUCCUCCGAGGCCUCAUGGCCACCCCUGCCAAACUGAACCGCCAGAACCAGAUUGUGGUGGAUGAGAUCCGGGAGCGACUCUUCGUGCAGGUUAUGAGGAUUGGGCUGGACCUGCCCGCUCUGAACAUGCAGCGCAGCAGAGAUCACGGCCUCCCAGGAUACAAUGCCUGGAGGCGCUUCUGUGGGCUUCCACAGCCCAGCACAGUGGGCGAGCUUGGCACGGUGCUAAAGAACCUGGGAUUGGCACAGAAACUGAUGGCACAGUAUGGCACACCCAACAAUAUUGACAUCUGGAUGGGUGGUGUGUCUGAGUCCCUGGAGCCCAACGGCCGAGUAGGUCAGCUCCUUGCCUGUCUCAUUGGCACUCAGUUUAGGAAGCUACGUGAUGGCGAUCGGUUUUGGUGGGAGAACCCAGGUGUGUUCAGUGCCCAGCAGAGACAGGCCCUGGCUGGAAUCUCCUUUCCUCGCAUCAUCUGUGACAACACUGGCAUCACCACUGUGUCCAAGAACAACAUCUUCAUGUCCAACUCAUACCCACGAGACUUUGUCAACUGUAGCUCCAUCCCUAGGCUGAACCUGGCUUCCUGGCGGGAGGCUUAG